AUGGAAGCCAGUGGAGUAUCGGACGCUCUGAAAAUCAUGAAGGAAGAAAAUGAAUACAUAGGAGCUCAACUCAGAGAUGAUGCUCUUCGAGGUCCAAAUGGUCAACCGUCAUACUUUACGAAGGAAAACGUGACCUCCAUGUUCGGAGAGGAAGAACGGUCAAAAAUCGAAAUUUUCGAACGCCUCCAA